CUUACCUCCGCCAGUCACUGCGACUCACUGAAGUCACUCGCCUAUCUCUUUUAGUCUCACAUCUUAUCAUCUAGCUGGCUCAACUGAUAGCUCUCCGACAUACGUUGGAGUCUCCGCAAUGACGAGAUACACAGACGUCGCCCGCAAGCGCACAUAUGUGCAGGCCGGGCUGAAUUACCGAGAAAACGACCUUGAAGGCGAGGAGCCGGCUUUGGACUCGAAUCAGCCUGCAAGUAAUGGUGGCGACGUAGAAGAUGCAUCUCAGGCAGGCCCGUCAUCUGAGUCCUCGAAGAAGCGACGAAAGAAAGACUCCUCAAACCGAAGAAAAAGCGAGUCCGCGAGUGCCGAAGACGCUGCAAAUGCUGCAGGGGAUUCUCAGGAGAAAAAUGAUCUGGAUGAUGAAGCCGUGGACGGAGAGACACGGGGUGAUGAGAGCGGCGCAGGCAAGGCGGUCGAGGGUGAACGGAAGCGGAGUAGGGGUGCUAUCAGGGCAGAGCGAAGACGCAUAAGAGAUGCACAGGCCCGCAAGGAGGCAUCCGAGCGACGAAGACCGAAGCGAAAGGACCCGCGCACGUCCGACACAGUUUGUUUCGCAUGUAGAGAAAUGGGCCAUGCGGCCCGGGAGUGUACGAAGGCACUGGAGGCUCCUGAAGGGAGCGGCGAUGCGAGCGCAGGAACCGGAGCGAGGAAGAGCGUCGGGAAAAGCGCUGUUGGGAUCUGCUACAGGUGCGGUUCCCGGAAGCACAACCUAUCGAAAUGUGAAGAGCCAGUCGAUCACAUGAACCCUCUACCAUUCGCUUCGUGCUUCGUGUGCUCAGGCAGAGGGCACCUCGCCUCCGCAUGUCCGCAAAAUCAGUCCAAGGGCGUCUACCCGAACGGAGGGUGCUGCAAACUAUGCGGAGAGAUCACACAUCUGGCUAAGGACUGUGGGCUGCGCAAGAAAGCGGACUCCACAACCCCCUCCGUCGUGCUGGGCACUGGCAAGGACGCCGGAGCGGACGAGGACGACUUCCACAUGCUCAAGCGCCGCAACGCCGAGGUCGACCAUUCGGAGAAAGUCGAACAACGGGUCAAGCGGCAGGCGAAGGUCCUCGUCGGCGCUCACUCGGGCAUCGUGAAGUCCUUCGCAAAGCGGACAGCCCCUCCGGCAAAAAAAGUGGUGAGCUUUUGAGCCGAGGCGCCAUAGCAAUACGCACAGUUUCGUCGUGUCAUUGGUUGGAAGCCCAUGCGUAUGCAAUGCAAUGUCGUUGUUCGGUGGCUGUGA